CCCGGCCGGACGUCUUUAAGCGAGCAUCGUCGGAAGCCGGGGUUCAGAAGGACAAACAUGUUCACUUCUCGGAUUUAUACCUUAGUUUUAGUGAUGAAGCCUCAGCAAAUUCUUUUAGGAAUGAAGAAACGUGGCUUUGGAGCUGGAAGGUGGAACGGGUUUGGGGGGAAGGUAGAAGAUGGAGAAUCUAUCGAGGAAGGAGCCAAGAGGGAGCUACUGGAGGAGAGUGGACUGACUGCGGACACUCUGCAGAAGAUAGGAAAAAUCACAUUUGAAUUUGUAGGCAAUACCGAGCUAAUGGAUGUACACAUCUUUUAUGCGGAUAGUUUUCACGGGACUCCAAAAGAAAGUGAUGAAAUGCGCCCCCAGUGGUUCCAGUUGGAUCAGGUUCCCUUCAGGGACAUGUGGCCAGAUGACAGCUACUGGUUUCCACUAAUGCUCCAAAAGAAGAAAUUCCAUGGAUAUUUCAAGUUCCAGGGACAAGAUACCAUCCUAGACUACACACUGAAUGAAGUGGAAAUUGUCUAAAAAGAGAGAAAUCAGUGCCAUUAACACGUGACAUACGUGAGCCCAUACAGGCUAGAGAAGCUGGCUGUUGUACAGCCUCAUUUCAGCUGUGUGUGAUUUAGGCAGGGGUUUCACUGUCUUUAGUUUUUAAGGCAAUUUAAUAUUCAGUAUUUGUUUGGGGAACAAGAGGAAGCUAUAAGGCCAGAAAUUUUCUUGCAAUUGUACAUGUCACAUAAUGAGGAAACACCACCCCGCCCCAAUAUGGAUCAGGAGUCACAAAUACAUUUUGGUUCUAAGGGAGAAGAGACAAGUGUGGGGUGAUUCACAGUGCAGCACUUGUCAGUAAAGUGUGCUAAUAGCCCACACUAGGGGGCAACAGCUACCACAGAAAAAUGGAAUGUUUCCACAUUUUCUGGAAUCGUAAGUCCUUUCUUUCCUGCUGAAGAUUCUGACAAAUAAUGAUGUGCCUUGUGAUUUGCAAAA